GAGCAUAUAGCAUACUUUACAUUACGGCACAUGUGCAUAAUGAGAUACAUUACAAUAUUAAAAUUGGUGAAAUAAGAGAUACUUUACGAGCAAAUGUGUUAUAAAUAUAUUUUACCUACUAAAUAUAUUAAUGUAUUAUAAGACAAUAACUGAGGUUAUCUGAGCUAGUAGGUAUUAAAGGUUGCAGUUAGUGCGGCGGACCCUGUGAGGAAUGGUGACGUCUUUGGACUAUUUUUACCCAUGGGAUCAACGCACUAGUUGAUUGCGAUCCAGUAACCGUCUCUUUAUUAACUUUCCAGUUGGGCAGUUUUAACAGUAUUUUCUUUACUGUGCUACAAGAUAGAAGACAUAACUUGCACAUAAACAUUGAGAAUAAAUACCACACUCCAUAAACAAAAUCAAUGAUUUCAUACUAGCAAUUGCGCAAAUAUAAUUUUGAAUAAGUGAAUUUUCCUACAUUGCAGAAAAUCAUUUUAUUUAUUUUCGCGCAUCAAUUGGAACUGAAGAUAUUUGGAAAUCAUUUGAGCAGAGAAAUUGUGAAGUACCUUCGAAAUCUAAAGGAUCAUUUGGACGCAUGCUGUGUCAUAUCCUGGCAUUAGCGGUGUUUGUGGUGUCCGUAUCCAGUCACGGUCGAGUCCUGGGACCUCCGUCAAGGGCUUCCAUGUGGCGAAAGGGGUUCCCAACCAAACCCAACUAUGACGACCACGGCCUCAACUGCGGUGGUUUCGGCCAUCAGUUUAGCACCAACAAAGGAAAGUGUGGCCUCUGCGGUGAUCCCUGGGAUGCCCCGGAUCCUAAGCGUCACGAACUCGGCGGAGAAUACGGCUCAGGCCUCAUCGUAGCCACCUACCACUCCGGCCAAGUCUUCACAGCUGAAGUGGAGAUCACUGUCCACCACAAAGGCUACUGGUAUUUCAAGAUCUGCCCUGACCCCCAUUCCAAAGACCAGGCCUGCUUUGACAAAUACCCAGUAUACUUAGAAAAAGGGGGAAAGUACUUCUUUCCUCCUACUCAAGGAUUGUUCAAAGUUAAAUAUCGUCUCCCUCAAGGGUUAGUUUGUGAUCACUGCGUGCUUCAGUGGAGAUAUGUAGCUGGUAACAAUUGGGGUCACUGCGGUCAGGGGAGGUCAGGAUUAGGGUGUGGACCACAAGAAACCUUUGGCGCAUGUUCUGAUAUUACCAUCAAAGGUCCGAAACACCCUAUCCCUGAAGGUGGACCAGAAUCCGUGGCACCUCCUAAAGCAUAAGCUACACAAAUUGAUAACGUCUUUACCGGAACAGUAUUUUUGGAUUCACUCAGGCAUUUUAAAAUAUAAGGAUAUUUUGAUGACACUACUCACUAGUAUUCUAUGAGUGCUUGUGGAGUUUUAUAACAGCUAAAAAUCCUAUCAUAGGUAAAAUAAGUACCUAUGGUAGAGUUUUUAUUAAGUAGAGUUUAACUCAUAUAUAGCGGUAUCGGGAGAUAGCUUUUACAAAGGUGAUUCUUAUACAUCCAAGUACCUAAGACAGUUGUUCAUAUUUUUUUUGGAAUAAAAUAAGAAAUCAUGUUGUCAGUCAUCAGACACUUAUCUUCGAGAUAAACUGACCAGAAACCUGAGAGUUUGUUUAAUUUUUAGUGUUCUUCGAAGACAAAAUUACUUAACUUCAUUGCAAAGAAAAUAUAGCAAAGGUCGAUGAUAACCUCAUAAAACAACCAUGUAUGCCAAACUUCAUAGGCGCCUCUGUACCUUACUUACAAUAGUAGAAGCUUAGCAAACUUUAAAGCUUAAUAAAAUUGCGUAAUUUUGGCCAUCAGUGGCUUAGACCAGUAAGCGUUCUUUAUUUGUAUUAUCUGUUAUCAUCGUGGCUGCAGUAGGUCCUAUAUCACUUACUUGUAACAUACCUGAACGAAUCCUUUGCACGCGGUGUUCUUUGAAGUAUAUUUUAUUAUAUAUUUAUUAUGAGUUGCAAUAAAACCAUUCAUGUACGAUGUCUUUGAUUGCCCGUAUAAUCCAUUUAUAGAUCGAUAGAUCGUUGAAAGAUUGAUCUAGAUAAAUUUCUAUAUGUCAGAUUUAUAAGGAGAUAUUAUUUAUUGUAAAAAAUAUUUGCAUCUUCACAAAAAGUUAAAAUGGUGUGGCGGCAACAUUUGAACUGGAUCAAUGAAAAUUAUUAAUUUGUCAUGGCAAAUUAAAAAUACAAAGAAGUCGGAAUAAAAGCUUUUCGAUAAUGCAACUACUAAAUAUAGUAUGUAAGUAUACCUAGUUAAUUUAAGUUUAAGUUUUAAUGUUAUAUUAUUAUUUAUUGUAUAGAAAUAUUCAUUAUAUUGGAACAUGUUAUUGAUGAAUUCACGACUAACACAUUUUAAGAAAUUAUUAAAAGAGUUUAAAACUAAGUAUAGUAUAGUUCACCUUUCACCACUACUCUAACUUUUUAAUUUGAUUGGUGUUCAUGUUAACUUGCAGUUUUGUAAUGUUCUUUUCACGAAUUUAGUAAAUGCUGAUUGUUCUGUG